GCUGACUUCCGGGUUCGAUCGACUGUCGGUGUUUACUUUGAGAGCGGUUCAUUUUCCAGAUUUCUGCACUUAAAUCGAGGUGAACAUUUGGGAUAAACUCACAAGUGUCUGUUCUCUGAAUUGUCGGUUCUCCGUGAAGCCGCCAUGAACGCCUCCGACAGCGACGACGACAUCUACAACGAGAGGACGGCGUUGAUGCCCUCAGAGAAUCCCGUGGUGCCGUCCUACAGGCCGGAACCUGACAACGCUUCCCUGAACAACACGCCAACCAAAAGGCCGGCGGCGAGCGCGAGAACGGGUCCGGUCGCCGAGGGUAACGGAUCAGAUCAGGAGGUGGAGGCCGACGAGGAGGAGCUGCCUCUGAAGUAUGGAGCCAAGCACGUCAUCAUGCUGUUCAUCCCCGUCACCCUCUGCAUGGUCGUGGUGGUCGCCACCAUCAAGUCGGUCAACUUCUACAGCGAGAAGACCAACCAGCAGCUGAUCUACACACCGUUCACAGAGAACACGGCGUCGGUCGGCCGCCGUCUCCUCCACUCCAUCCUCAACACCAUCAUCAUGAUCAGCGUCAUCGUGGUCAUGACCAUCUUUCUGGUCGUCCUCUACAAAUACCGCUGCUACAAGUUCAUCCACGGCUGGCUCAUCCUGUCCUCCCUCAUGCUGCUGUUCUGGUUCAGCUUCAUGUAUCUGGGUGAAGUGUUUAAGACGUACAACGUGGCGGUGGACUACCCAACAGUGGGGAUAAUCAUUUGGAACUUCGGGGCAGUGGGGAUGAUCUGUAUCCACUGGAAGGGUCCUCUGCAACUGCAGCAGGCCUACCUCAUCCUCAUCAGCGCCCUCAUGGCCCUUGUUUUCGUUAAGUACCUGCCUGAGUGGUCGGCCUGGGUCAUCCUGGGAGCCAUCUCCAUCUAUGACCUGGUCGCUGUCCUGAGUCCUAAAGGUCCUCUCAGGAUGUUGGUGGAAACAGCUCAGGAGCGUAACGAGCCCAUCUUCCCCGCCCUCAUCUACUCCUCUGCCAUGAUGUGGACGGUGGGGAUGGCGAGUCCAGACCCUCAGCGCUCUGACACAGACGAGGAGGCGGAGCAGAACGUUGGGGGGGCGGAGCCUCAGAGGAGACGACAGAGGUCUCUUCAAGAGGACGAGCUGGAGGAGGAGAGGGGGGUGAAGCUGGGCCUCGGUGACUUCAUCUUCUACAGCGUCCUGGUUGGAAAAGCUGCAGCGACCGGUGGAGACUGGAACACGACGCUGGCCUGCUUCGUCGCCAUCCUCAUCGGCCUGUGUCUGACUCUGCUGCUCUUGGCCAUCUUUAAGAAGGCUCUGCCGGCGUUGCCCAUCUCCAUCACCUUCGGCCUCGUCUUCUACUUCUCCACAGACUUCCUGGUUCAGCCCUUCAUGGACAACCUGGCCUCUCACCAGUUUUACAUCUAGACCAAGCCCCGCCUACCUCACCUCACCUCACCUCCCGCCCCCGGUAACGUUACCCCGCUGGACCGCCAACCACGUGUUGAUGUCACGCACAAAGACGACAGGAAGUGACGUAACAGAUAGAGGUAGCUGGUUGUUUGACUGGUAGUUUAGAGGAAAGGCCUUAGGUCUGUCUGUAGUUCUGUCCUGAAACAGAGGCCGUCUGUGAUUGGUUCACGCUCCGUCAGGAUGUCACGUGACCCGUCAACCUUCACUACCUGACCAGUUCGUCCUCAAGCUGGGACAGGGGAGGGCCCACCACUUUAGGACGUGGCGUCCCUUGCUCUAUUUUUACAUUUCAGGGUUUUAUUUAUCUCCUGAACUGAAUACUACAGUACCCAUGAGCCUCGGUCGUGACGCAGUGAAUUCUGACCAAUCCCUGCACGGCUGGAUUCAUUCUGAGGAACUGACAUCGUUUUUUUUUUUUUUUGUUGUUGUUGUUGUUUUUUUUUUAAAACUCAGCGACUUCUCCUGCUGAAAUGCACCCUGGGAGUCGUAGUUAAACAUCUGUAUCGUAGACGUAGUCACUUUAAUUAAAUGACACUCAUUAAUAUAUCUAAAACUGUCUGAGUUUAAAUCAUUUAAUAUUGGAUUGUUUAUUUAACGUUGAACUCUUGAGGUUGUAGGUUUUUAACGUUUACACCACUGGAAGCUCCGCCUCCUCCUCCGCUCAGGGACGCUAGCCGCUACUGGCUGUUAGCUUGCUAUCAGCCCCUGUUAGCUUGGUGCCAAUGAUGAGGACCUGAGGAGAACAUUUGAUUGUUUUGUUGUUUAUAUGAAGUUGAUUAAAAGUCGAUAUCUUGAGACCA